ACGGGCAAACGGGGCCCACAUAGUAGACGCAAGAACUCGAGGAAAACGCCACCGCAACCAAUUGCCCACGGGCCCGCGUGUCGGUGGAGAACGCACCGCGAGGCAAAAGAAGCCGGCGGUUUUAAUCGCACCCGCCCCCGUCACAGCCAAUGAGCCAAGUGGGCCGCGCGCUCGCCCGCCGGAAACCGCCUCCACAAUAAAAGCGCUCGCACGCCGCGACGCGCGCGCCUCUCCACCACACCCCACCCCACCCCAGACACCGCCGCCGCACCUGAUCGCCACCAUGGACGCCGCUACUGGCGGUGGCGCCGCCGUGGUAGUGGGUGGUGGCCUCGACGACGCGGACGCCGCCUUCUUCUCCCGCCGCGGGCACCGCUGCUGCGGCUGCUUCUGGGCGCCGCCGUGGACCUCGUCGUCGUCCCCGCACGCGCGGCGCGCGAGCGGGGGCGGGGGCGGGGGCGCCGACGAGGAGUGGUGGCACGGCGUCGGGGAAGGGGGAAGCGGAGCAGCGUCAGGGAGGCGUCGGUGGUGGCGGCGCGGGGUGGACGCGCUGAUGAAGGUGCGGGAGUGGUCGGAGCUGGUGGCCGGCCCGCGGUGGAAGACCUUCAUCCGCCGGUUCCGGUUCCGCCGCGGCAUCAGCCCGCGCCACGCCGGGGCCAACAACGGCGGGGGCGGGGGCGGGGGCGGCAAACUCAACUACGACCCGCUCAGCUACGCGCUCAACUUCGACGAGGGGCACGGAGGCGGCAGCCACGGCGAGGGCGGCGACGACGACUACCAGGCCUACUACCGCGACUUCUCCACGCGCUUCGUCGCGCUCGCGCCGCCGCCUGCGUCGGUCAGAUCGUCCAUGGACCUCGGCGGCCGCGACGCGCCGCCGCCGCCGCUGUUCCUUCACCACCACCCGCACUCCCCACGCGCGCCUGCUACGGCCGCCGCGAGGGGCUGAUCGACCUCCCGCUGACGUCGACGCGGCGCCGGCGUUACCGUCGUCGGCUGGGUGUUUUGUAAUUAAUGGGGGUGACGGUGACUACUGGAGGCGAUAAGGCAGGGGAGGAGAGGAGUCGGCCGUCGCUUUCGUCGCCUUGGCCGGUUGUUCGUUCUUGCUUUUUCGAUUGUGGAUGGAGACGAUAGGGAGGUCCUUAUUUAUUUUGUCUUUUUGCAUGUAUUUUUUUUUUGUAAAAAAUAUAUAGAAUGGAACUUGAUCGAUAUGACGAUAUCGAUACGUUGUAAUGCCAAUUUUUAUGCCCCAUCUGCAUCUGAAAGGCCCUCUUGUUAACCUUUGCUGAA